AUGGAGUCCAGAAUGUGGCCUGCGCUGCUGCUGUCCCAUCUCCUCCCUCUCUGGCCACUGCUGUUGCUGCCCCUCCCACCGCCUGCCCAAGGUUCCUCCUCCUCCCCUCGGACCCCACCAGCCCCAGCCCGGCCCCCCUGUGCCCGGGGAGGGCCCUCAGCCCCACGCCAUGUGUGCGUGUGGGAGCGAGCACCUCCACCAAGCCGCUCCCCGCGGGUCCCAAGAUCACGUCGGCAAGUCCUGCCGGGCACCUCGCCCCCGGCCACCCCAUCAGGCUUUGAAGAGGGGCCACCCUCAUCCCAGUACCCCUGGGCUAUUGUGUGGGGUCCUACAGUGUCUCGAGAGGAUGGGGGGGACCCCAACUCUGCCAAUCCUGGAUUUCUGCCCCUGGACUAUGGUUUCGCAGCCCCGCAUGGGCUGGCCACCCCACACCCCAACUCAGACUCCAUGCGGGGUGAUGGAGAUGGGCUUAGCCUUGGAGAAGCGCCCGCCACCCUGCGGCCAGUCCUGUUCGGGGGCCGCGGGGAAGGUGUGGACCCUCAGCUCUACGUCACAAUUACCAUCUCCGUCAUCAUUGUUCUUGUGGCCACUGGCAUCAUCUUCAAGUUCUGCUGGGACCGUAGCCAGAAGCGGCGCAGGCCCUCUGGGCAGCAAGGUGCCCUGAGGCAGGAGGAGAGCCAGCAGCCCUUGACAGACCUGUCCCCAGCCGGGGUCACUGUGCUGGGGGCCUUCGGGGACUCGCCCACCCCCACCCCUGACCACGAGGAGCCCCGAGGGGGACCCCGGCCUGGGAUGCCCCAGCCCAAGGGGGCUCCAGCCUUCCAGCUGAACCGGAUUCCCUUGGUGAAUCUGUGA